AGUCGCCUGUGCUGAAGAAAACAUAUCAACAGCUGGGAGUUUACCUGUUUAUUUUGCUGUUUGAGAGCCAAAAAAAGGUUUUAAUAUGUACCGAGGAAACUUCCCGCCAAACCCGUACGGUAGCGGUGUCCCAGGGUCACGCAGACCCCCGCCGAAGCCUUUUCCCUCCCCACGCGGACAGGCUCCACAUUGCAGCCCGCAUGGCGGCCGGCCGCCUCCUCCUUUCUUUGGAUCUCCCCAGAUGUUUUUCCCCGGUCAGAGACAAGGUUUCGUCCCGCCUGCUAUGGCUAACCCGCAACCCCGAUUUCGGCCAGGGUUCAGAGACGGACCUCCGAGGUCGGGUUUUGGGCGGGGGGCGUGGGGCAGGGGGAGGGGUGAUCGGGGGCAGGGUGGGUCUGGACUCAAAUUCCAGGAGAACUCACAGGGGUCAAGAUCAGGGCCGAGACUUCAGGAGAGAGAAGUAAACUUUAACCCUCAGCAGUAUUACAAGCACAGCAUGGCAGUCGACCCAUGGCAAGGACUCGAACCAAUUGUCAUGAACAUCCCCGAAGCACAGAGACAUAUAAAGGGCAAGAGUAGGAGAUACUUUACUUGUUGAAUGUCAGGAGACAUUGGACAAAUGGGUCCUAACUUGUGCAGAUCAGAGGGCAGCAGCCUUUGGUCUGUAAGUUGACCAGGAUAUUCACGUGCAGCUGUUUUAUCCCUAAUGAUGAGGGAGUGGCAUCAGUGGUCUUACUCUAUUAUAACAACCGUGGACAUACCUCAAGUCAACACACAAAUCUAACCUGCGGCUGGGAAAACUGAAACACAUCUCAGCAGUUAAAUGGCUGUUUUUUGUGUGUAAGGAGAUAAACUUGUGGACAUUUUUGUAUAGAUACUACGUGUACAUUGGUGCUGAGUUGAGAUCAGUAUACUUUUUUUUUUAUUAUUAUUACUUUUCAAAGUCAAAAUCGUGACUGAUGCUAAUGAUAGUUAUCUAGGAGGUUGAACAUACAUGAUGGUGAAGUGGGCAUUCUUAAAGAAGUGUGAAGAAUGAAGGUCCAGCUUUAAACAUCCUUGGAACAAUCUAACUACAUGUAAAUGUCAACAGACAAAACACAGAUGCCGGUAGUAUGAGAACUACCUUUACCCUUAUUUUAUCAGCUUUGAGACUUUUCUGGAAGUGCAAGUCGGUUAUUGUGUGGCAGUGGAUUUGUGAAUGUUGCGUAUUUUAUUAUGAUUUAGCUGUAGUAGUAGUAGACAGAGACAUUUGGAGAAGCUAUGUUACAGGCAAGCAGAAUUUGAUGAGUGGUUUCAGCCAUAGAGCUACUUUCCAGUAACAGUAACACUGUAGUAAUACGCACAACUCACAUGUUGUACAUACUUUCGGAUGGAUAGAUAUUGACCUACCAUAUCUCUGUAGAACACAACUUCAAGAUCCAUGAAAUAAGAAACUCCACGCAAGGUUAUCAUAGACCACAUGAGUGCCUACAAGUACAAUGUGUAAGCUAAACAGUAUCAGAUCAGUUGUUUCUUUGAUGCCUUCCAAGUGUUCAUAAUUAAAAAUACUACUAAUACUCCAUCAUUCAUAAACAACAACAAUAUUACAUAUAAAAACAAAAAAUCUUACCAAAUUUGGCUGGUAAGAAAGACCUGUAAUUCCUAAGCCCUUUUUCUGCCAUAUAAAGAAUGUAAUGCACGAGUUACUCCAGUCGUGUAUACAGGCUUGACACAAGACUUCACAAAUGCUUCCUGAGUUACAUUUCUACAUUACGGACUUCAAUCUAUGAGUCAGAAAGUUUCAAUAUGUUAUCAUUACAUCAAUACACAAGUUUCUAGUUACAUGUAUCAGUAACAACUGUAUCAUUUGGAAACAUUCUCAAAUUUAGUCAACAAAUGUAAUGAAAACAGGGCAUUUAAUCAAAACCUUGUCAUUACCGGAAAAACAACGUUAACUGUGAUAUAGCAAAUUUUUUUGAGGUCAGCUAAGUAAUGCUGUAAAUGUUCUCAUUUUAAUUUUGAAAAUCUACGAGUAAUACACAUGUACGAUGUAGCUUCCUGGAUACUUGUCUUUCUACAUUUUAAAAUAAAGGCCAAUAACUCACUCACAAACAGCAAACAUUAUUCCUCAUUUCACACCAAAAAAGUUGUUCUGUACUCAUCUGAUCAUUGAAUUUCCAAAAUUGUGAGUUUAGGCCACACC